AUGGGGCUGAGAGAAUUUAAGGACAUAAAGGUUAGAGGGAUGAAUGUACUGCACACCAAAGGACGGUGCAAAGCCCAGGGGGGCGCCCAGACCGUAAAAGAAGCAAAACAGGCAUUUGUCGCCAUUGGGGACUACAGUGGACACAUUGGUCUGGGUGUUAAGUGCUCAAAGGAAGUAGCCACUGCCAUCCAUGGGGCCAUAAUCUUGGCCAAGCUCUCCACUGUCCCUGUGCAGCGAGGCUACUGGGGGAACAAGAUCGGCAAACCCCACACCGUCCCUUGUAAGGUAACUGGGCACUGUGGCUCUGUGCUGGUGCGCCUAAUCCCUGCACCCAGGGGCACCGGCAUUGUCUCAGCCCCUGUGCCCCAAAAGCUGCUGCUGAUGGCUGGUAUUGACGACUGCUACACUUCAGCCAGGGGCUGCACUGCUACCCUGGGCAACUUUGCCAAGGCCACCUUUGAUGCCAUCUCCAAGACCUACAGCUAUCCCACCCCUGACCUCUGGAAAGAGACUGUGUUCACCAAGUCUCCCUACCAGGAAUUCACCAACCAUCUUGUAAAGACCCACACCAGAGUUUCUGUGCAGAGGACCCAGGCUCCAGCUGUGGCCACCACAUAA